GACUACAACCCAUCUUGAACCCAAACCCAGAUCUUGACAGGAAUCUUGUCUUCAGCCCUUAAUCAAUACAUUCUAAAAAAUUCAUGCACUUUCCUCUUUCGAAAAAAUGAUUCCUUGAAUGGAAGGCUGACACUCUUGGUUCCUUGAAUAUAACAAAGGGAGAAUCCUCACCUGGUGUGUGUGUGUGUGUGUGUGUGAUUGCUGUUGAUUUAGUGUUUCACCCUCAUAUUCUACAGGCAAAACCCCGUCAAAAUCCUAAGCUCAAAAAACUCAGCUCUUCAUUUCAAAACCGAGAUUUUGGGUUUCUUGUACAAGCUUACAGGACUCUUUGUGGUGAUAUGGCUUGUAUUCAGCACAGCAGAAAUGCACUACGGCGAAUUAUUGCUAAAGAAACCAACUUGAAGAGCUCUGAUGGUGCUAUAAAUCCAUUGUUAUAUGCUUGUCAAGGGGUUAGAUAUAAGAAGUUGGAAGUUAUUCUUACAACAAGCAUAGAGAAGCUUGGGAAAGCUGGUCAGACAGUUAAGGUUGCGCCAGGGCAUUUUCGCAACCAUCUGAUGCCCAAAUUACUUGCUGUCCCUAAUAUUGAAAAGUUUGCACAUCUUAUCAGGGAGCAACGCAAGAUUUAUCAACCCGAGGAAGAAGAGGAGGUGAAAGUAGUUAAAGAGACAAUGGAAGAUAAGAUGAAAGAAUACGAAACAGCAGCAAAACGCUUAGUAAAAGCCCAACUGGCUUUUAGGGUAGGGAUCAAUACUGCAAAAUUCCGUGCCCGUGAAUCAAAAGAUGACCCGAUAGAAAUUCUUUCACCAGUGACAAAGGAUGAUAUUUUAAAAGAGGUGACAAGGCAAUUCAAUGUGCAAAUUGAACCUGACAACGUGCAUCUUCCAUCACCUUUGACUGCUCUUGGAGAGUUUGAGGUGCCACUACGCUUCCCAAAGUCUAUUCCGUUGCCAGAGGGAAAGGUUAAAUGGACACUUAAGGUCAAGAUUCGGGGUAAAUAAAUAUUACCUCAUCAUCAAAUUCUUGAUGAACGUUUUGACAAUGCUAUAAGAUUUGGGGUAAAUAAAUAUUACCUCAUCAUCAAAUUCUUGAUGGACGUUUAGACAAUGCUAUCGAAGGUUAUUGUAGAUUUCUUGUGACGAGCUUGAUCCUUCAACCCAGCACAUCUUGAAUCCUGUGAUGUCCCAUAUACUUCUUCAAUAAUCAAUCCUUACAGAAGUUAUUGUGGGGUGAAUUUUGAUUGUAGCUCUUUCUGACAUGCACAAAUUAUAGCUUGGGGCCCUUGCAUCUGCUUUCA